AUGGUGCCUUCCGGCGGCGAUUCCAGAUCCAGUCAAGCAAAUGCAAGGCAUCUCGGAUUUAUGGGUUCUCUUUCCCGGCGCGAUUCUCAACCCAUCCUCCGCAAUUUCGCCGGAUUUGUUAGCCUAAAGAAAGACGAGAUUUGGGUUCUAAAUAUGGCUGCCGACGACCUCCUCUUGGCGGCAUCAAAUCCAUCGUCAUGA